AUGGUGAAGGCUUACCUCCGCUACGAGCCGGCCCUCACCUUCGGUGUGAUUGCGUCGCCGGAGCCCAACGUCGCCUACGACCCCUCCGGCCGCCGCCUCCUCGCCGCCGCUCUCGACCGCCUCGCCGCUUGGGACCUCAAGCGUGGCCUCCCCUCUGUCUCCUUCGCACCUUCCUCCUCCUCCCUCUCACUCGCCGUCUCCUGCAUCGCUUCCUCCCCCUCCGCCGCCGUGUCCUCUUCGAUUGCGAGCGGGCACGCGGAUGGGAGCAUCAGGUUGUGGGACGCGGAAACAGGUGCCUGCGAGGCAACCCUCCACGGCCACCGCUCCGCGGCCUCCGCCCUCCGCUUCGGCCCCUCUGGCGCCGUCCUCGCUUCUGGCAGCAAGGAUUGCGAUGUCAUCCUCUGGGACGUCGUUGCGCAGGCUGGGCUCUUCCGUUUGCGUGGCCACCGUGACCAGGUCACCGAUUUGGUGUUUCUCGAUUCUGGUAAGAAGCUGGUGAGCUGUUCCAAGGACAAGUUUAUCAGGGUUUGGGACCUUGAAACACAGCACUGUCUCCAAAUCGUUGGUGGUCACCGCAGUGAGAUUUGGUCAAUGGAUGUGGAUCCUAGCGAGAGGUUUUUAGUGUCUGGGUCUGCUGAUCCAGAGCUGCAGGUGUUUAGAAUCCGACAAUCAGUGGAGGAGGGUGAGGAUUGGAGCAAGUGGGAUGUGCUCAAGCUAUUUGGUGAGAUUCCACGGCAGAGCAAGGAACGAGUGGCAAAUGUUAGGUUUAAUAGGGACGGUAGUCUUGUGGUAUGCCAGGUGGCUGGGAAGACAGCAGGUAUUUAUAGGGUUCUUGAUGAAACAGAGGCUGCACGUAAGGCCAAAAGGCGGGUGAACAGAAAGAAGGAGAAAGCAUCUGCGAAAUCCAUGAAUGCCGAAGAGAAUGGCACUAUCAUUGAUCCUUUACCAGCUCAGAACUUACAAAAUCCCACUGUUAUCGUCACUGAUGUAUUUAAGCUAUUUCAAGUUUUACGGGCAAGCAAAAAAAUAUGUUCGAUUGCAUUCUCUCCAAGUAAUCCUCCAAGAGGAUGUCUUGCCACUUUGUCUCUAUCACUCAACAAUAACAUGCUUGAGACGUAUUCCGUGGAUAGCGAGAAGGUAUCAAAGAUGUACUCAGUUGAGAUGCAUGGACACCGUUCUGACAUCAGGAGUGUCUCCCUUAAUUCGGAGGACAACCUCCUGAUGUCGACUAGCCACAACGCUGUCAAGAUAUGGAAUCCUAGUACAGGGGAAUGCCUUCGGACCAUUGACUCUGGAUAUGGGUUGUGCAGUGCUUUCGUCGGAAAUCGGUUUGCUCUUGUUGGUACGCAAAGUGGUACUUUGGAGAUUGUGGAUAUUGCUAGUGGGAGCUUAACUGAGGCCAUAGAAGCUCAUGCUGGCUCCAUACGAUCAAUUGUACCUAUUCCAGAUGAAGAUGGAACUGUUGGUGCGCGAGGCUUUGUCACUGGAAGUGCUGAUCAUGAUGUCAAGUUCUGGGAAUAUCGAUUGGUGCAGAAGUCUGAUAACGACUCUAAGCAGCUGACUGUAACUAAUGUCAGGACCUUGAAAAUGACCGAAGACGUCCUUGCUGUCUCGAUCAGUCCCGAAGGAAAGCACAUUGCUGUUGCUCUCUUGGAUUGCCAUGUCAAGGUCUACCACAUGGACACGCUGAAACCUUCGCUAAACCUUUAUGGGCACAAACUUCCAGUUCUCUGUAUGGACAUAUCAUCUGAUGGGGCUUUGCUAGUUACUGGCUCCGCGGACAAAAAUUUGAAGAUUUGGGGUAUGGAUUUCGGGGACUGCCACAGGUCUAUAUUUGCUCAUUCAGACAGCGUGAUGGAUGUUAAGUUUGUAUAUAGAACUCAUUAUAUGUUCAGUGUGGGGAAAGAUCGCACUGUGAAGUACUGGGAUGCUGAUAAAUUUGAGUUGUUGUUAACACUUGAAGGACAUCAUGCUGAAGUUUGGUGCCUCACAAUCAGCAGUCGAGGUGAUUUUAUUGUAACAGGUUCACAUGAUCGCUCCAUUCGGCGUUGGGAUCGUACUGAAGAACAACUGUUCAUUGAGGAAGAGAAGGAGAAAAGAUUGGAAGAAACCUUUGAGGCUGAUUUAGAAAAUGAUAAUGAAUAUAGAUAUGGGCAGAAAGAUGAUGCCCCUGAUGAAGGUUCUGUGGGUGUUCCUGGUAGGAAAACAAAAGAGACAGUAACUUCUGCUGAUGCAAUCAUGGAUGCACUUGACACUGCUGAGGAGGAACUAAAACGCAUUAAUCAGCAUAAAAUGGAAGAGCAAAUUAAUGCGAAGGCAGCUAAAUUUCAACCUAAUGUUAUAAUGCAAGGGCAUUCACCUUCAGAUUAUGUUCUGAAUGUAGUUUCAAGCAUCCGUCCAAAUGAUUUGGAGCAGGCCCUCUUGGCAUUGCCAUUCUCGGAUGCACUAAAGGUCAUGUCUUACUUGAAGGAGUGGUCUCUGGUUCCUUCAAAGGUUGAGCUUGUUUGUAGGGUUUGCUUAGUGCUCCUUCAGACACAUCAUAAUCAAUUAACUGCUACGCCAGCUGCAAGAUCCUUGUUGGCAGAGCUGAAGGAUAUUCUUUACUGUAGAGUAAAGGAAUGCAAGGAUACUAUAGGCUUCAACCUCGCCGCAAUGGAUCAUAUAAAAGAAUUGUUGGCGAUGAGAUCAGAUGCACCUUUCCGUGAUGCCAAGGCGAAACUCAUGGAAAUCAAGCAGGAGCUGUUGAAGCGGUCAGGUAGGCUCGAUGGGGAUGAAAAAAGGAAAAAUAAGAGAAAGAAAGCGUCCGCACAAAGCUGA